AUGAUGUUGUGGAAUGAGGUUAAACGCAAAUUAUCAGCCAAUGGACCGAAGGGGAUCAAGUUUGACCAGAAUCUGGUUGAUGCAUUCCUGUAUGCUAUGGUCAAGGGAGGUUUCUUUGAUGCUGUGAUGCAAGUUGUUGAGAAAUCUAAAGAGAUGAAAAUAUUUGUUGAUAAGUGGAGAUACAAACAAGCAUUCAUGGAGAAACAUAAAAAGCUCAAAGUGGCCAGGUUAAGAAAAAAGAAUUUCAGAAAAAUGGAAGGGCUUAUUGCUUUCAAGAAUUGGGCUGGCUUAAAUGCAUGA